UACAUGAGAGGGUAUCAGGGGGUAUCAGGGCUACAUGAGAGGGUAUCAGGGCUACAUGAGAGGGUAUCAGGGCUACAUGAGAGGGUAUCGGGGGUAUCAGGGCUACAUGAGAGGGUAUCAGGGCUACAUGAGAGGGUAUCAGGGCUACAUGAGAGGGUAUCGGGGGUAUCAGGGCUACAUGAGAGGGUAUCAGGGCUACAUGAGAGGGUAUCAGGGCUACAUGAGAGGGUAUCGGGGCUACAUGAGAGGGUAUCAGGGCUACAUGAGAGGGUAUCGGGGGUAUCAGGGCUACAUGAGAGGGUAUCAGGGCUACAUGAGAGGGUAUCGGGGCUACAUGAGAGGGUAUCAGGGCUACAUGAGAGGGUAUCAGGGCUACAUGAGAGGGUAUCGGGGCUACAUGAGAGGGUAUCAGGGCUACAUGAGAGGGUAUCAGGGCUACAUGAGAGGGUAUCGGGGCUACAUGAGAGGGUAUCAGGGCUACAUGAGAGGGUAUCAGGGCUACAUGAGAGGGUAUCGGGGGUAUCAGGGCUACAUGAGAGGGUAUCGGGGCUACAUGAGAGGGUAUCGGGGCUACAUGAGAGGGUAUCGGGGCUACAUGAGAGGGUAUCAGGGCUACAUGAGAGGGUAUCAGGGCUACAUGAGAGGGUAUCGGGGCUACAUGAGAGGGUAUCAGGGCUACAUGAGAGGGUAUCGGGGGUAUCAGGGCUACAUGAGAGGGUAUCAGGGCUACAUGAGAGGGUAUCGGGGGUAUCAGGGCUACAUGAGAGGGUAUCAGGGCUACAUGAGAGGGUAUCGGGGGUAUCAGGGCUACAUGAGAGGGUAUCAGGGCUACAUGAGAGGGUAUCGGGGCUACAUGAGAGGGUAUCAGGGCUACAUGAGAGGGUAUCAGGCUACAUGA